CUUCAAAGCGUACUCGUGGCUCAUUCUGCUUCCGGCCACGGUCGUGAAAGGACGCAGGAUGGCUGGCUCUUCGCGAGCUGUGAUAACGGCCGAUUCUGGCCGCGGAACAUCGUUUUUGGACGGCCUGAAAGAUUACAGGAUUGUACUGCCGCCGCUGCCAACCGGAGAAGGACUGAAAACAAUGGUUGUUCUUCACUGCGACACCGCUGGAAGGCCUUACAGGAUAGAAGAUUUCCGCCAGCCGAUGACAGAAGCCGGCGUCAUUGAACAGGUGGGCGGUAUCGGAGCGUACCAGAUGUCGCACGUCUGGUUAGUCAACUUCCGUAGUGAAGAAGCCAAGAAAAAGUUGCUCGACAUAGGGCAUAUUGUUGUUAAAGGGAAGACUUGCGUUGUCUUUGACCCUGAAAGGCAGGAAGUGCGGCUGAAGGUGCAUUGGUGUGCCUUCAACGUCAGCAACGAAACUCUGAGGCGGGCGUUCGCCGAGUACGGCGAAGUGAAAGAAGUUUCGAGCGAUAGAUGGAAGACCGGCGGGUUUGUAAACGCCGACUCGACUACUCGUGUUGUGCGGCUGGUUCUUCGAGAAGGUGCAAGCCUCGAGCGCAUACCCCAUCAGCUGCGUAUCGGGAACGGGACAGUAUUAGUCGUCGUGCCCGGGCGUGCGCCGAUAUGUCUCCGCUGCCGCAACACAGGCCACAUUAGGCGGGACUGCAAGGUGCCCAAGUGCAGCGAGUGCCACGCCUUCGGGCAUGAAGAGGCUGAAUGCACGAAGUCAUACGCCCGCGCCGCGACUCGAGGAACAUUCGGCGAUAAUAGUGAGCUGCACAUGGACGAGGAUGAAGCUGAGCAAGCUGCCUCCAACCCAGUGGUCGAGAGCCAAUCGGCCGCAGCGCUGAGCGAUGAAAAGGAAGGCGCCAUGCCAGGGACUCGUGAGUCAGCGCCCAGCACCCCCAAGUCGGCAACCACGAGCAUGGAUACCAAUUCAUCGCAAGAUAUACCACGCCCUUCUGAAAAAAGCAACGAGGAACCCAUGGAGUCUGACCCUGCGGCUGCGAAACGACGCCACGACGAUGUCAGUGCAAUGAGCCAGGAGCAACGACUGCGUCUCCUAGACCGCCGGUGGGGCGUAGGUGAAGGGAAAAAGCAGCGUGUCACCGGCGGGCAACGAUCGUCGUCGCUUCCUCGCGACGACAACCCGAAGACCUAAUAAUGGAGGGACGGCACUGCACGGCGCGGCGUUGUGCGCAUGAAGGUAAGCGCCGUACUGGCGGCCUGGUCUUGCUUAACGAUGGCGGCAUUUGAAAGACACCUCGUAGUAGCCACGCUUAAUGUCAGGGGUCUUUCAUCCAGGAGAAGGCAAAAUCAGCUGCUGAGACUCGUGACUGAGCAGGAAUUGGAUAUCGUAGCGAUACAAGAAACCAAAAUCGAGAGUCAAGACCAGACCGACAGAAUGGCGCUCUCGUUCAGUAGUCGGUAUGAUGUUUGCGUGUCUCAUGCCGUGGGUGCCUCGGCAGGUUGCAUGCUGUUGAUUCGCCAGUCUCUGGGAGCGAUUGUGGAAAGAGUCGAGACUUGCGUUUUCGGUCGAUGGAUUGUCUGUGACAUCACACUUGCUGGUGUGGAAUUGCGUAUUAUCUGUAUUUACGCACACACUAACAUGGCAGAGAGGCGAAACCUUUUUGAGACAGUCGGCAACCAUUGUGACACAGACCGUCUGCUCGUCUUAAUUGGCGAUUUCAACUGCGUAAGCAGGGCACGCGACAAAACCAGUGCGACGCCCUAUCGAGAUGCGAGUACAGCCUGUUUGGGUGACAUAAUUGACCGCUGUCAUCUAGAGGAUGUUGGCGAUUGUCUCGGAUGUGGUUCUGGCGUUCGGUUUACCCAUUACCAAGGAACGAGUCACGCGCGUCUGGAUCGGGCGUACGUAUCUGUUGAACUGAUACCGUACUGCAGCGAAUACAGCGUACAACCAGUGCCGUUCAGUGACCAUUGUCUUGUUGUAUUCCAUGUAGGUAAAAGACAAGGAAAGAAAAGCAAAUUUGUGUGGGAAAACUGGAAACUUAAUGAGAAGCUUCUAAACGACGAUAUCUUCGUGGAUCGCGUUACGUCGGCGAUACAUGAACUGCCAAUGGAGGACAACGAACUUCUGGGAGCGAAAUGGGAAAGAUUUAAGCAGGCAAUGAAAAUGAUGGCAAUUGAACGAUCGUGCGCUAUAAAGCAAAAGCAAAGGCUGCAGGAAAACACGCUGAGAGAUGACCUAAAGUUUUUGAUAAUGCAAGAAGGAAAGCAGCCAGGCACUUGCACCGAAGAAAUGCGCACCGUCAAGCAGAAACUAGAGGCAAUAGAUACGGAGCGAUAUCGAGGAGCGAUCGUGAGGGCGAGGGCACAGCGGCUGAUAGCGGGCGAAAUGCCCACAAAACGUGCUCUCGGCUUGGAAAAAAGGCACGCCCGCAAGAAUGACAUACCAAAAAUAGAGUGGAACGGUGUAAUCUACGUAGACAAAAGAAAUAUAGAAAGGGCCUUUUAUGAAUACUACAGCGGGCUCUUUGGUUACACCAAAGUAAGAACCGAAGACUUCAAGACCCGUUUCCUCUCUUUAAUGCCGCGGCUUAGUGAUGAUACGAAAGAGCGGCUAGAACUGCCCAUUUCAACAGAAGAAGUGCGGAAAGCCAUAGAAGACCUCAACCCGGGAAAGUCUCCAGGACCAGACGGGCUAGUAGCACCGCUUUAUAAGGCAUUCAAAGAUGAUUUAGCACCGGUUUUGGCUACACUGUUUAAUGAGGCUUAUGACAAGGACAUGCUUCCCCCUUCAUUUUUAACAUCCCAUACAAUUUUAAUACCAAAAAGCGAAGAUGAAGCUAAACUGCGACAGGUUACCGCUUACCGACCCAUAUCCCUGACUAAUGUAGACUACAAGAUCUUCAUGAAAAUUCUGGCUAAAAGACUCCAAGCCGUGAUGCAAGAAUUAGUGGGACCACAUCAGACCUGUGGUAUCAAAGGUCGCACCAUAUAUACCAACAUACACACAGCCCGGUCCGUGCUCGAGUGUUGCGAUGCUUUGCAUCAAAGCAUCGCAAUGCUCCAGCUCGAUUUAGAGAAAGCCUUCGACAGGGUGCCGCAUGACCUCUUGUUCUCUGUUUUAGAGCACGUUAAUGUUGGAUCAGUCAUCCGCCAAGGCGUAGCCAUGGCGUACAGAGGAUGCACAACGCGGUUGUUAGUAAAUAAGGGGGUGGGAGCGCGCAUCCAAGUGCAACGCUCUGUGCGUCAGGGUUGCCCCCUGUCACCACUGCUUUUUUGUUUGUAUAUUGAACCUUUUUGUUUGAGUGUUAUUGAAAGCAACAGCGUUCAUGGUUUUCGUUUGCAUGCGGCGGAGGUCCGCAUUCUCGCGUAUGCUGAUGACAUUGCCGUAUUCUGUGCUGACUACGAAAGCGUUCGUGUUGUGGUUCAAAUUGUGAAAGACUUUUGUUCUGUGAGCGGGAGUGCUGUGAACUGGGCCAAGUGUUUGGGGUUCUGGCACGGCGACUGGCCCUUAACCCCAACGAAUUUCGCAAAUAUGACUUGGACAGCAACCCCAGUAAAAUAUUUAGGAGUGCCGCUGGAGAAUUAUCGCGACAGUGAGCCAUAUUGGAAAGGCCAAGUUGCUGAAAUGCGUGAGAAGGCCGACAGGCUCAAAGGCUUCAGCUGGUCUAUUUUCGCGCGUGCCACAAUUUGUAACCUUUUUUUUGUAACCAAGCUGUGGUAUGUCUUGCAAGCAAUUCAUUGUUCACGCGUCAAUGUGCAGAAGCUGCACCGUGUAUUUGCGGUUUUUGUGUGGGGAAGCACUUGGGAGCGGACACGACGCACCAAUCUGUUUCACCGCGUCCGCUCUGGAGGACUAGGUUUGGCCCAUCUAUAUCUGCGCCAGUUGGUUAACCGAUUUAUGUUUUUUCGUGACACGACUGACCCCUUUUUGCGAACUGUGUGUCAGGUUAGGUUGGGCAGGGUUUUGCCAAAUUUGGUUGUUAGUUCGGAGAGUAUGCAAGGGAGCAUUUUUGGCUUCCUUAAAGAGGUGUACAUGGCAUGUCGCGUCUUGCAAGUGCGAUUUUCGUUUGAAUAUUUGUCAGUGGUGUCGCGAAAGAAACUUUAUAAGGACCUGUGUGAGGUCUUUCUUCCGGUACCGUUGUACAGGUCGAUGUACUGUGCAGGUCCAUGGCUGUCAGUUCUAAAACGUGUGAAAAGAAUGACUGUACCAGGCGGAGUUAAAAGUUUCUUCUUUAAGCUCCAUACGAACACUCUUGAAGUCAAGACGUAUUUGGAAGCGAAGGGUUUCUUUGUGCCUUGGGGAAAUCAUUGUUUUAUAUGCCGGAAGCCGGAAACUAUCGAACAUGUUUUCUUAGAUUGUUGGGGAGCCCUUUUCUUUUGGGACAUUCUCCAACGCACGAUUAAAAAAGACUUACCGGUUGAUGCUUUCGGAAUUAGAUUUCUGCCCGUUGAGAGUGAAGACGGGAUUCCUUUUGACAUGAUUAUGAUAUUGGGCCUGCACAGUAUUUGGCGAUCCAGGAUGGCGGCCAGCCUCGCAGACAUUGAUGCCAGGCCCAUAAGACAGUAUUUUUGUGAAUCUGUUAGCAGAGCUAUUGAAGGCUACAAGAUACAAGACCCAGUGCCUGAGUGGCUUCCAAGAAUGGAAGCUUUGCUACACAUGCGUGAAUUUUAAUCUCAUCACGUAACCCCAAGUGAGGGUGACGUUUUUUUAACAUACGUGUUGUGUUCUUCGCGCGGACUGAUUUGUAAACUGACGUGUUGAAGUCGGCAAUAAAGAAAAAAAAAAAAAAAAACU